AUGAGAAAUUUCUUUUGGGGUGGUGACGGGAUGAUAAAGAAACUGUAUUGGGUUGCUUGGAGUAUAGUGACAUUGCCAGUUAAAGAAGGUGGUCUUGGGCUGAAUACAACAGUGACUUCAUUCCGGUCAAGAAUUCGCUCGGGUGUGUGGUCCAACGUUGUCAAAGUGCUCAACAACACGUAUGUUAAUGGAGUGCCUCUUAUGCUGAUGUUCAAUGUUAAGGUGGUUAACGGUAAUAGCUCGGUUUUUUGGGCGGAUAGUUGGUUAGGAAAUAGGCGCUUAAAGACGUGUUUCCUAACUUAUAUAAGAUCGAGGCGGUUAAAGAUUGUAAUGUUAGUCUACGGGUGGGUAAUGGUUAACUUGUCUCAAUCUUGUGAUAAGUGGUGCUGGUCCCAAGCCGAGAAUGGAAAAGAGGAGGAUUUUAAUGUCUGUUCGGUUAGGAAUCUUCUUGUUAAAUCCAGAAUUGAUUCGGAUUUGUAUGUUCCUAAACAUUGCAAGUGGAUCCCGAAGAAAUGCAGCAUUUUUAUUUGUAGAGCGGAGUUGAAUCGGAUAGCCACUGUUGAUGCUUUAUUCGCUCGUAAUAUUGCAGCCGGGAGUCCGAUUUGUGGUUUAUGCAGCGAAGAAGAUGAGAGUGUCGAGCACCUGUUUACGUCUUGUCGAUUAGCGAAUAUGCUUUGGAUGAAGAUAUGUAAUUGGUGCAAGUGCUCUCCUUGGCUGAUUUUCUCUUUUAGGGAUCUCAUCGAGGCCCAUAAACAUGCGGGUAUGGAAGGUAAUAAGAAAGAAGCUUUGAAAGGCAUUAUUAGAAUUGGAUGUUGGGCAAUCUGGAAGUCGAGAAAUGAAGCUAGGUUCAAUAAUAAAGAGGUUAAACUUGAGUUUAUUUUUGGUGAGGUUAAGAGAAUGGGGUUCUUAUGUGUAUCAGACAAGAUAAUUACGGAUCAGGAGAUCGAUGGCAUCGCAUGGAACUGGUCUAGACAGCCGGAAUUGGUGGUUGAGCUUAGGGAGUGGAAGGAUGGGCAAGAUGUUCUAAAUUUGGUUAUGUUUUCCAAUGGUAAGGACUUGUGGUUUUGGGCAGGUGUAGAUUCGGGCGGUUUUCCGGUGAAGUCCGUUAAAUAG